UGGUCAUGCACAAAGAGAAAGAGGACCUUCACGCACACAGGCGCGACCACACACACUACGAGCACAUCAUGCCGGACGGAGAAAUGUUUUUACAGGCACUCAACGGUUUCCUGAUGAUCUUAACGUGUGAAGGGGAAGUGUUCUUCGCUACUCACAGCAUCGAGAGCUAUCUGGGCUUCCAUCAGUCAGAUAUAGUUCAUCAAUCAGUGUAUGAACUCGUCCACUCAGAAGAUCGAGAAGAACUGCAGAGACAGUUAUUAUGGAAUUCCUUUCUACCUCCAGAAGUGAACAAUUUAACAUUACAAGAUAUUUUAAGGCCGGAGAGAGCGCAUCUACUAGAAAGAAGUUUUACAGUUCGGUUUCGAUGUUUACUUGAUAAUACUUCGGGUUUCUUGAGACUGGAUAUCAGAGGUCGAAUCAAAGUACUCCACGGUCAAAAUAAGAAAACCGAAGAUCCUCCACUGGCGUUGUUUGCUAUUUGUGCACCUUUUGGUCCUCCUAGUCUUCUGGAAAUACCGCAAAAAGAAGUGAUGUUCAAGAGCAAACACAAGCUUGAUCUUUCUCUAGUCUCCAUGGAUCAAAGGGGUAAAAUGUUACUGGGCUACACUGACGCGGAGCUUGCUAACCUGGGCGGCUAUGACCUAGUGCACUACGAUGACCUAGCUUACGUGGCUAGUGCUCAUCAAGAAUUAUUAAAAACUGGGGCGUCUGGUAUGAUCGCAUAUCGGUUCCAGACUAAGGACGGUCAAUGGCAGUGGCUACAGACUUCGUCACGACUCGUGUAUAAGAACUCUAAACCAGACUUUGUCAUCAGCACGCAUAGACCUCUUAUGGAGGAAGAGGGACGAGAUCUCCUCGGAAAACGGACGAUGGAUUUCAAAGUCAGUUACUUAGAUACCGGCCUGACAAGUCUCUACUUCUCCGAAACGGAACAGCUGUCCGGCUGUGAAUCAAACGUCACCACACCGCCUCGAGCGGCGAGGAGAUACAAGACACAAUUACGAGACUUUUUGUCCACAUGCCGUAAUAAGCGACGAGUGCCUCCCACCCCAGCGCCCCCUCCCGUCGAAUAUCUCGCCGCAGAUGCAGUCGCCGCAGCCUACACCAACCUAAACGGAGCAUACGCAGCACCGUACGGCGAAUACCCUCCCGCUCCCACGUUACAUUACCCCCCACCACCUUUAGACGAUCGAUUCCUAGCCGCCGACAACCUCUUCCAUCAAUACAAACCUCUCUCCUACUACCCGUACGCGCCAAACGGUUUCCUGGAACCGGCUCCGCCUGGUUACGAAGUGCCAGCGUACCACCGACCACCUUCGAGAGAGUAUACGUAUGUGGAUAGUAGUGGGAGGUAUAUGAGUCCAGUGACCGGGGAGAGGCGGUCUCCCGGUGCGGUGCCGGGGCCGAGCCCGGGGGGCUCCAGCGGUUCCGCCGAGCAGGAGCGAGUGCAGGAGGCCCCGCGCCAGACCGUGCUGAUGUGGGGCGCGGGCGGCGCGGGCGGCGCGGCGGGCGCGGGCGUGCCGGCGCAGGACGCGCCCGCGGAGUUCCCGCCGCAGGUGUGGCGCUACCCCUCGCACUACCACACCGCAGAGGCCACGCAGUGA